GCAUUAAUUAUUGUCUCUAUUUACUGGUACUAUGGACAAAGCAAGCCAACACAACAAGAGGUUGUCCAGCAAUGGGUAACUUAUUGUUGACUUUCGGGGUCAUCAAAUGUUAGAGGGCACCGUAGAGGAGAGAGGAAAUGUUCACAUGUAGGACGUGACAGUUGAGGCAACGUUGCAGACCAAUGAAAGAUACAACAUUUAGUCUUAUGAAUCUAAACAUUUUUCUGCCGGAUCCCUGACUAAUAGAUCCACGAUGGCGGAAGGACUGAUUUCUGACCUAACAUGUGUCUUAGACUUUGAGAAAGAAGCCCGCAAGAAACUUUCUGGCUUCGCCUGGCAGUUCUUCAGCAGGCGGAGGGAUGCAGGACAGACGUAUCAGGACAAUGUUGACGCCUUCAAACGAUAUCGUCUCAUCCCCCGUAACCUCCGUGACGUGUCCAUCCGGGAUACUACAGUCACCGUACUGGGUACCAAGUUAGAUUUCCCAGUAGCCAUUGCGCCAACAGCCAUGCAACGAUUGGCUCAUCCCGACGCAGAGUUGGCGACCGCAAAAGGAGCGGCCUCGGUGAACACGGGGAUGGUGUUGAGUUCCUGGGCUAACCACUCCUUAGAGGAGGUUGCUAAAGCGGCUCCGCGGGGGGUCCGCUGGUUCUACCUGUUGUUCUUCAAAGACCGACGUCUCACGAGGCACCUACUGGAGAGGGCACAACGGGCAGGCUACACCGCCAUAGUCCUGACAGCCGACCAGCCAAGCUUUUCCUUUUCCCGCCACGAAAAGCCGACCCUACCGCCCGUCCUUGUAAGAUAUCCCAACGCGUACUACGCGGGAGAUCCCGUCGGGUUGGUCGGGACAGUCGAAGUCGAAGAGCACCUCAGAGCGACGGUAAAGGUGCCCGGGACGUGGGAGGACGUGGGGUGGGUCAGGAAGAACACCAAGCUUCCUGUGGUCCUGAAAGGCAUUCUCUCAGCUGAAGACGCCAGGACAGCUGUGAAUCUAGGGGUAGACGCCGUCUAUGUGUCGAACCACGGCGGGAGGCAGAUGGACGGUUUACCCGCCACAAUAGACGUCCUGCCCGACAUCGUCCGUGCUGUGGACGGUAAGGCGGAGGUUUACCUGGACGGAGGGGUCCGGACUGGGACGGACGUGCUGAAGGCCUUGUCGCUGGGGGCCAGAUGUGUGUUCAUCGGCAGGCCCGCACUCUGGGGUUUGGCAUGUAAUGGUGCAGAAGGAGUCGGGCAGGUUUUACGGGUUCUACGAGACGAAUUUAGUCUGGCCAUGGCGAGGGCAGGAUGUGCCAAAGUAGCCGACAUCACUUCAUCGCUUGUACUUCACGAAUCAUACUAUUCAUCUAGACAACUCCGUCAUCCCAGAGCGAUCAACGACAAGAAACUGAAAUCGAAAUACUGAUUAAAGCAACGUUGCUCCGUCAUGUGGGAUGUUUUCAAC